AUGCCUCGCUGCCAUGUGUGUCGCGGCCAGCGGCAGGCGCAACAGGCCGAGGAGCGCAAGGCUGCGCCCCGCGUCGACAGGAACGCACUCUCCUUGCGGUGGGCCGCAGCGGCGUUCGCGCUCCUCGCGCCGGAGGAGAUCCAGAACGAGGCACUCUUCCGGGCUUGCCGCGCAUACGGCCUAGACGAACGAUUCCUGGCUGCGGCGCAAGAGGAGGGCACCUUUGCCGAGUGGCUCGACGAGCUGCCGUUUGAGGUGGCCGCGGCAACCGCCCGGCUGCUCAAGCACCACGCGCGCUCCGGAGCGUGCAUCGAGAUCACUCCCGGCAGCCCUAGCCAGGCCCGGCGCGCUGGCCGCGACCGCGACCGCGGCCCUCACUUGAGCCCGAACUGCCCGCCGGACAUGUCGGAACCGUCCGACUAG